CUGCUGUUAGGUAUUUUGUCGAUUUACUUGCACAAUUUGUGUGGGAUGUGUUCCGAUGUCAAAGCAUUUUGUGGCAGACGUAUUUCCAUUUACAGAAUCAUUUUAAUGAAAAUGUUCAAACAGAAAACAUCUGACUUUUAAAGUUCUUUGGCCACAUACAAAAAAGAAAACAGAGCCUUCAAUGAGCUUGAGCUGAUUUAGUUUUAAAGCUACUUAAAUCCCACGAUUCUGCUUCUCCAAAAAUCCCAUUCAUGCAAACUCCUGGACUGUAGUGUUUGUGGUGGCCUUUACAUUCAAGCUUUGUAGAAGAAAAAAAGACAAUCAAUAUUGUGUACGUAGCAGGCAGCGCGCACUCCUCUCUCGUCUUUCUCCUCCUGCUUCCACUCAAACGAGUCAGAUUAAAUGUGGGCGAGGCCUUAAUGACACUCUGGAACCGAGAGACCAGUGGUCCACCACAGCGUGCUUGCAUUUAAUUUGACGUUAAAUAAACAGCAGAAUGAGAGUACAGACCGUUGUGUGAGGGAGUCCCGGAGAACUACAUUUAGGCUUUAAAGUCACACGCUCUGGUCUUAUUUCAAGGAACGCUCCCCAUCACACUCUUUUUUUGUGCAUGCAUGCAAACCCCUUCUCUAAAUGGCUUUGUAUGUAUUUCAUAUGACUAAGUGAAACUUUAAUUGGUGGUGAAACUUCUCAAUUAGUAUGAAGUAUUUUUAAAUUGGUCGGUGAUGUUUUAUUCGUACCCUACAACCUUUGCCACAGAAGAGGCGUUAGGCAUUGCACGUCAUUUAAUGCUGUGUUAUGGGGAUGAGAAAGAAAAGCCCAGUAAGGAGAUAUCUUGCAUGAUUUCUACUGAGUGCUGCAAUCAGCAGCAUUCUUGUGUUUCAUUGUCUCCUCUUUAUCUUUAGCCUAUAUUGCCUCAUAGCCUUUAACACAGCAACAACCCCCGAUAUUAAAGCUUACUUGUUGAAAAACGUUUACAAUGACGCUUGGGGCACAAUAUGUAAAUUAAAAUGAUUUAACUUGCAGAAGUAUGACUUGAUUAACCAUUCUCUGUGCACGAUGCAAACGUGACACCGCAAACUCUUCUGCGUAAAAGUGAGGCGUUUGGCUGUAACCACGUGGUGGUGCCAAAGUCACGUGCAUUUCUGCAUCCCGGACUCAUCCACAGUGGAACACUGCAUCGCCAUCCGUGUAACGUUUGACUCUCCGCUGCGUGCACGUUGUGGUCAGGAAUGCUUCUCAAGUGAAUUGAAGUCACUCCCCGUUGUGUUUUCCACUGGCACCAUUUAAACAACCCUGUCGAUAUUCGAAAUCCAUAUAAUGAGGGCAACAUUAAAAAUAAUAAUAAAUAAAAAAACAAAAAAAGUUUUAAAUGGGAUUCUGCAGACAGUAAAAAACAUCUCUAGACGUCCAUCGUAGCCAUGACGACGUUCUUACUCCCGAACUACUGAAGUGAAGCCAAAUGCCCAAACGUUGGAUAAAGGGUUAAAAAACCAAAAACGCGAACGUGUCGCGGAACAAAACCCAAUAACAGCGACACGGAGGCUCUUACUUGCCUGAGUGAGUCUUCACGGAGAGACCUUUGGUCCGACUCUCUCUGCGAAUGCGCGCUCAUCUCGGAGUCUCCAGACGCACGGCGCAGGAUUUUGCGCACCGGAUCCAAGUGGAGCAGCAGAGCGCGCGGCGAGCGGACUGCUGUCGACUCACCGCGGUCCUGCCGAUCGGAUCCCGGGUCACUUUGCUGCACCCGAACGCGCACGUCGUCGUUCCGUGCACGGGUCUCUAGACACAGUCUUCAGGUUAUUUCGGUUGAUUCCACCUUGUUUUUAGAGAACUACAAGUGUCCCAGCUGCUCGGGGAGAAUUUACUCAACAUUCCCGAAGAGGAGGCGUUUGUGAGGAUUUUAGGGCUCUUUCCUGGAUAGAACGAGGGAGACUUCAACAAAGUGAGGUGUUACAUAAAAACAAGGUGAUCACAGCAAUGCUUCAGCAUCAUGUGCGUCUGUGCCUCUCCAAAUGCUCCAGAGAGGAUUUAAGCGCCGCUCAUUUUGAAUAAGUCGAGAAGGCAUCAAAGAUGAGAACUCUGCAAACAUUCCUGUUUCUUUUCCUCCUGCACCAGGUCACAUGCAGGAAGGAGCGCGGAGGAGUCACGGACCUCAUCGAGUGGGCCGAACACAAGGUCUCUCCCACGGGGGCCAGUCCGCGGAUCCUCAACCCCCUGCGUUUGUUUGCCAGGGGGUCCCCUGGGUUCAAGAGCAACAUGAGGGAAAUUACGUAUCUACAGAACAUGGAGGACUUCUGGGACUGGUUAUCUAACCAGACAGAUGCUCAGGGCGCCCAGGCCAGAACUAAGCGCAGGCCCAUCGUCAAGACUGGCAAGUUCAAAAAGAUGUUUGGCUGGGGGGACUUCCACUCCAACAUCAAGACCGUCAAGCUCAACCUGCUGAUAACGGGCAAGAUCGUGGACCACGGCAACGGCACCUUCAGCGUCUACUUCCGCCACAACUCCACGGGCCUGGGCAACGUGUCGGUCAGCCUGGUGCCGCCCUCCAAGGUGGUGGAGUUCGAGAUGGCGCAGCAGUCCACGCUGGAGACCAAGGACACCAAGUCCUUCAACUGCCGCAUCGAGUACGAGAAGACGGACCGCAACAAGAAGACCGCCCUGUGCAGCUUCGACCCGUCCAAGGUGUGCUACCAGGAGCAGACGCAGAGCCACGUGUCCUGGCUGUGCUCCAAGCCCUUCAAAGUCAUAUGCAUCUACAUCGCGUUCUACAGCGUAGAUUAUAAACUGGUGCAGAAGGUGUGCCCUGACUACAACUACCACAGUGACCAACCCUACUCCUCCACAGGAUGACACCCUGGCCGGCCUCCCGUCCACCCGUCCAUUCAUAAUAGUACAUGUCAGCCCGAAAGCUCCUCGUCCCGCAAACACCUAGGUAGCUGAGACGCGUCGGGGGAGGAGCUACUUAUGCUGGGACACACUGUGGAGGGAUGUGAUGUGGUGUUAAAAACUAAAACUAAAUGCAAUGUACAGAUAGAGCAGAAAGAAGUUCAGAUAGUUAGGUGUCCAGGGACGUGGGCUUAGGGCUUGAUUGGAUUCGGUGUAUCCGCCCGGUGUGACUCCUCCCCUUCACGGCGGCCCGCGUCCUCCGUAAACCACUGGUGUAAUUAGCGUGUUGUCCAGAUGUUUUGUUCGAGGCUAGACCACAGGCGAGGAGCCUCCCGGUGCGCAACGCAGAGCCGGCUUCUGUGCCAGGCCUCAAUUCAUGCCAACACUCUCAAACAAGUCUUCAUAUCAGCCAAUCAAUUAUUGGAUGAAAUAUUACAAGACUUUGAAUCACAUAAAGAAUUACAAUAGAAAGGCAUUUUUCAAUUAGAUAGUUCACAUUUCAAACCCAUUUUGUCUGAUGUUCUGUUCAUAGCCUUUAAAAUAGAACUAUUAUCCAUUUGAACAAAGGCGGGACACUGUCUAUUGUUUCCCCAAGUAGCUCGGAGGAAUUAAUAUGCAUUUACAACCUAUAUUUCACCUCCCUAUCGUUCUAGAAUAGUGACCUGAUCGACUUUGUGCCCAAUAACCCGUGUCAAAAUGAAUGGAUCCAACGCACCUGGGAAUAGUUGCACGAGCAUAAAUCACCACGUGCACACGUAAGGAAUCUAUCGGCGUGAAACCAGGCUGCCGCUUUUUUUUUGUACUCCCAAAAAACUUCUGCAGCAAACCUCUUAAGGCAAACGUAAGCUAACAUCUGUGUUUCCAAGAUGCACUUUGAGGCAUCAGCCUGAGUGGGUCCCUCAGUGGAUUAAUGUGUGUCAGGAGGAGGGGGGG